GGGCGGGGCCUUAGGGAGGGGAAAGGAGGGGCUCCGGGCGCCUUCGGCUGGGACGGCUGGCGGAAGGCUGCUGUACGAAGCCUGCCUCGGUGCCGUUCUCCCUCGGACUGCUGUCUGCGCGUGCGGCCCAGAACUCCCAGCGGCCUGAGCACAGGGCCCGGCACAGAGCAGGCGUCUAAGAAGAUGGUGGAAUGAAUGUACGAAUGAGGGAUGACUGAGUGAUGGAUAGGUGGAUAGAUGAUCAAGAGCCAGGACCCGUGUUCGGAAACGAAGUCCCGGGGCUCAGAGUUCUCGGUCUGGAUACCAGCUGUUCCCCGCAAUUAAUCCUGCAGCUCAGAAACUUUUUCAGGGACCGUCGUACUAGGAACCGGCAGUAGUGUAGAGCGCACUAGGUGGCGAGUCUCGAAUGUCUGAGUUACAAUUGGAUACAGAGGCUGUGUCUUGAUCUCUGAAGUUGGGCUGUCUAGUAGUCCCUGCCUUCCUUUCUUUACAAGGUUCGAUGGACCGCAUGUAUGUGAUAGCACGUGUGGAAAGGUUAAUGUCUUGCAACAAAAUUUCACUAUGCAUCCAUUGCCAAAUAUUACACAGAACUCAGGGGCAGGGCUGUUACAGAAUGAGUGAUGUUGGAGCCUGCCAGAUGGGAAGAUGCUUCCAGUCUAGUGAUGGAAGAUACAUAGGGCUCCCAGUUUUCCAACUCGGAAGUGUUUUCCAAGCAAAACAAAGAGAAGAUUUGCAGAUGUUGACUAUGCAAGGAGCUGAAGAGAGAGAGCUUGGAAGAGAGGUUUGUCCAGAUUUAGUGGACAAGUCUGUUCCAGAGCAGGAUGUCUCUGAAAUUGAUUCACCAGGGAUAGUAGCAUAUAGAUCACCAGAGGAUGCAAACCAGGAUUCUAUAUCUGAAAAAAAAAAUGCAUGUGAGAGCAUGAAGAAAAACCCUGCCGGAGAGGUUCGUGGACCAUGCCUUUUUCAAGAAGGAGGUUUUGGGGAAAUAACUUUUAUCCACAAGGAAGCAUCUCCUGAAACAAUUAGCCAAGAAUAUAAUUUUGAGAGAAGCUUGCUCUUGACCUCCAGCUUUGUUACACAUCUCAGGGUCUCUACAGAAGAGAGCCUACAUCAGUGGGAGACAAGCAGCAUACACACUAAUGAGAUUUCAGACCAAAGUAAAUGCCCAACUCUCUCUACACAGAAAAAGUCUUGGGAAUGUAGUGAAUGUGGAAAAUCUUUUACUCAGAGCUCAUCCCUUACCCAACAUCAGAGGACUCAUACUGGAGAGAGACCCUAUGCAUGUGAGGAAUGUGGGAAAGCCUUUAGUCGCAGUUCCUUCCUUGUUCAGCAUCAAAGAAUUCACACUGGAGUAAAACCAUAUGGAUGUGAGCAGUGUGGGAAAACAUUUCGAUGUCGAUCAUUUCUUACUCAGCAUCAGAGAAUCCAUACUGGAGAGAAACCUUAUAAAUGUAAUGAAUGUGGGAAUUCCUUCCGCAAUCAUUCACAUCUCACUGAACAUCAGAGAAUUCACACUGGAGAGAAACCUUACAAAUGUAAUAGAUGUGGGAAGGCAUUCAAUCAGAACACACACCUCAUUCAUCAUCAGAGGAUUCACACUGGUGAGAAACCUUAUUUAUGCAGUGAAUGUGGCUCUUCUUUUCGCAAACACUCAAAUCUCACACAACAUCAGAGAAUUCACACUGGGGAAAAACCCCAUAAAUGUGAUGAAUGUGGGAAAACUUUCCAAACAAAGGCAAACCUCUCUCAGCAUCAGAGAAUUCAUACUGGAGAGAAACCCUAUAAAUGUAAGGAGUGUGGCAAAGCCUUUUGUCAGAGCCCAUCCCUUAUUAAACACCAGAGAAUUCAUACGGGAGAAAAACCUUAUAAAUGUAAGGAAUGUGGCAAAGCUUUUACUCAGAGUACCCCACUCACUAAGCAUCAGAGAAUUCAUACAGGGGAGAGACCCUACAAGUGUGCUGAAUGUGGUAAAGCCUUCAUUCAGAGCAUUUGCCUCAUUCGGCAUCAGAGAAGUCACACUGGAGAAAAACCCUAUAAAUGCAAUGAAUGUGGGAAGGGCUUUAAUCAGAAUACCUGCCUCACUCAGCAUAUGAGAAUUCAUACUGGAGAGAAGCCCUAUAAAUGUAAAGAAUGUGGGAAAGCCUUUGCUCAUAGCUCAUCUCUUACUGAACAUCACAGAACUCACACUGGUGAGAAGCUCUAUAAGUGUAGCGAAUGUGAGAAAACUUUCCGCAAGUAUGCACACCUUAGUGAACAUUACAGAAUUCACACUGGUGAGAAGCCUUAUGAAUGCAUUGAAUGUGGAAAAUUCUUCAGACAUAGUUCAGUCCUUUUCAGACAUCAGAAACUUCACAAUGGUGAAUAACCCUGGCAUUCAGGUUAUGGGAGUUUCUCUAGAAAGAGUGACUAGGAAUCUGGCUGGGGGCAGCGGGGCAGGUAGAGUUCCUGGAGGGAAGGAUGAAAGAGCACCGACUAUUACACUCAGAAGAGUAUUUCCACUUGUGGAGGCGGGAGCUUGGAGGAUGCAGAGCCUACCCCAGCUGGGCAUCUGGGAAUACAGGGUAGAAAAGAAGUUCUUGCUUUUUCAGAUAAAUCCUUGCUGCCUGCCACUCCUCCUUCCCCUUGUGACUCUCAUGCCUGAGGUGCCAUUUGUUAAGUUAGUAUUUGUGAUUCCCUUCCUGCACUCCUGCUCCACCUUCCCCACUUGUGACCUUGUGACCUCUGUUCUCUGGCCAGUAGGCCGAGGUGCUUUUCCAAACAUUCAGUGUGAAAGUGGCAGCAGUUCUGAGGUAGUGCUAAGUAGCCUCCCGGUACCUGAGGCUGCUGUGAACGUGUCAUCUGUUAGAAGUGGUCUCAUGAAGGGGAGAUGGAAAUAAGGGAAAACGAAGAAUCCUUAUUCAUUCGUUCAACAAAUAAGGGGAUAUGUGGCAAAAACUGGGCUGAUGUCUACAGAUAGCUCGUGAAGAAGGCUUUUAUCAGGGUAAGGGAGAUCUUUCCUGAUCCUUUCAAGCUGAAAGGCAUUUUGGGGCUAAAAAGGAAGUGGGAGGUCAAGAGAAACUUAUCUUGAAUGAUGCCAGUUUGUGGGAAGGGAAUCAGAUCUGCUCAGAAGGCCAGGAAGAGGAAGGGCCAACCUUUGUCCCAGAGGAACACUGACUCACCCAGGAGGAAAAUGGUUUGUGCUUAACUGCUGGUGCUGAGGCCCAGAGCAGGAAGCCUGUGUUUGACUGAGCAGGUCACCUACAUAUCCCAGCCCUGGACUAAGGUGUACACCCGUCUCCUAUAAUUCUGCCUGGGCCACUGGUUUGUAGGGUCCAGGGGAGAGAGAUCCACCAGGAUUAACUGUGUCCAAACAACUGUUAAUUGACAUUUAGGAAGGAAAAACUGUUAGUGAAGAGAGAGGACAGCCUUUUAGGUUGGCCGGAGUUGGGGAUGCUGGACCAGUCCUUAGGAGAGCAUUGGUCAUUGUAGCAGGGAGGGCUAGGUUUCAUGUAAUUAUGCCACUGGUGGCUAUAAACAGAUCUGUUAGAUUUCAGAUAUUUCUAUUUUUAUUGGGACUAUCUUAUUCUUGGAUAUUAACCUUCCCUGCAGGUUAGGAGUAUCUAGGAAACACUUUCAUGGAAUAAAUUCAGAAAGUGUUCUAGAGAGAACUACCUCUUUUUCAAGUCCCUGAGUAUUGAGAUAGUAGUAUGCCACUGUGAUGGUAUUUUAUUUUAAGAGAAAGGGCAUGGAUUUUUCCUUUAGUUCCUUACUCCCUUUCAUGUUCUUUACUGCUACCCAGAGCUUGAGCUCUGAGAAAUUUGGUGAACUUGAGCUCUGAGAAAUUUGGUGAGGAUUGUCUUUGCCUGCUAUUUGGAAUAAUUUCUGUGCCCUGAACCUUACAUAGUUUUUAAAAUAAUGACUGUUAAAAAACAAAGUCAGUUGAUUCUGGAAUGGUUGGUUACUUAGAGCACAGGAUUAAUUUUUUUCCAGAACAGCUAUCUUGUAAGCAUCGGUUUGAGCUAUUAAUCACCAUUGACAGGAAUGUGGCAGAAACAUCAGUCUUCUUCCUCUGCAGCUGUGAAGAUGAUAUUCUCAAAACCUGCCACAGGGCAAUUCAUAAUUGAGUAAAUUAAUACCUUAUGGACAAAAGUAACCCUGUUAAAACUUGAUGUUCAUGAAAAAAUUAUAGUACUCAAAGGACAUAUUGAUGUAUUUGUACUUUCUUAGUAAAAAUAACACUAUAGAAUUCAUUGCUGGCACUCAGUAAAUGUUCAAUAAAUAUUUGUUGAAUUAAUACAUUUUAGUCAAACUGUGCCCACCAGAAACUUAAGCAACUUCCUGAUAUGUAGGUAUUUAAAGUAACAUUUAUACACCACUGUCUUUAGAGUUCUUGAGUUGAGAUUAGAAUUAGGAGAGUUUUCUUAAGGAAGAAAUGGGAACUCCGAGGGUGAAAGAUAUCUUGAAGUUCUUGUUAGAAAGAUUUUCCAAAAAUCCAAAAACAUUUUAAUCCUCAGGCUAGGAGUCUGAUACCAUUUUCCCUUCCUGGGAAAACAGGAAGGAAAGGAACUUGUCAUCUUGCUACUCUUCUCAUCCCAUAGUCUCACACUUGAAAUAUUUCCUCUCAGUUUUCUCUCAGUUACUGGCCAGACACGUGCCCAGUCAUGCCAGCCCCAAAUCUUGGAAUUGCUUUUGGUCAGUCUUUUACUCAGUUGCCAUAUCCAGGCAACCACUGUAUCCUGCUUACAUCUCCUAAAUCUGGAAGCCAUCUCCACUGCUAUUGCUUUAGUCCACCCUCUCGUUUAUUUCCUAGACGACUUUCCUAUUUUCCUAAUCAGUCUUCCAGUUGCUUGCCCCAUGAGGCCGUCUUACACAUUUCUUCUGGAUGGGUUUUGCAAGACACAACUGGCAGCUCUAUUAUCUCAGCAUAUCUGAGCCCCUUAGAAGGCAUCUAAAGCUCCUCCACAAUCAAUCAAUCAAUCAAUAAAAAAAAACACAAAAACCAGCUACUCCACUGGCCCAUGCCUACAUCAUCACUCUCAGCUGCCUUCCCUACAUUGCACACUGUUCCAUAGUGCACAUUCCCGUGAUUCCAUAUCACGGUUGGACUCAACUUUGGCACCUUUUGCAGAGACUGUACCUAUUGCCUCAAUUGCCUGCCUGCCUUCUGCUUGGCUGGAAAGCUCCCGUGUGUCCCCUAUGAAUGUGCUCAUGCAACAUCUCCUUUGAAGCUAUCUCUGACCUCAUGUGCUUUUAUUUCUGUAUUUUGUAUCUUCAUUUUGUUUACGUUACAUUGUAAUGGCUGGUUUCCAAAUCUUUCUCUUCGCACUGAACUAUCAGCUCUGUCAAAGCCGGGGCGGGGGGGCGGCUGUGAUAUUUGUUCAUCUUUGUAUCCACAGUCUCUGGCAGUUCUCAUGUGCUCAGUCAAUAUUUAUUGAGCUCAACUAAAAUAUUGAGUCAGACAUUUCUCCAGGCCUACCUGCAGGUUGUGACUUAGGUCCACCGUUGCCAGCAGAAAGGAGUGUGGAGAGCAUAUGAGUGUGUCCAUGAAGUGUUUGCCAGGCGCAAGCAUUCUGAACCUUUCCUUAAGAUACAGAUUGUGUGGUGGUAUUGAGCACAGGGUCCCUUAGGAAAAGUAAUAUUUUGUAGCAAAAAACCCUGCCCUGUUGUGUUAUAAAUGAGCCAUUUCAAUCUUCCAUCACAGUUUAACAAAGUACUUUCAGGGUCAACAGGAAGAGGCAAAUGCCUGCAGCCGUAGAAGCACAAGUAGAUGAGCUGGAAUAUCCCUGAAAUAAGAAGAGGGAGCUGCAGAGGGAUGCUGGUCUGGCAGGAGAGCUACUGAGCUCAGCAGUCCCAAUGUAGAAGCACUUCCUGAGCUCAUGGCUCUCUUUGGCUCCAGAUGAUAAAGAACUGGAAUGUGUUGCCUAUUCUCAGUGU